UGGCGAGUUUCCCGGCCACUGCUGGCCAAUCAGGAGAGGAAUAACAGCAUGGGCGCCAGACACCAACAAGAAGUGCUCUCAGGGUGAUCAGCGAGUGCGGAGGGCGAGCGGCUCUGUACGGCAGAGGUGCCCUAUUCACAGCGACUGGAGUCCGCUCAGCCCGCCAUGCCACAGGGGAAGAGGAAAAGAGCUACAGAUAAGAUACAUGCAUGCUUCCCAGAUGAUGCCAGUACCAGUACAAAUAAAUCCACUGGAGAAGGGGUAAUGAAGCCGUCAUCGCUCAACAAAGCAUGGAUGAAAUGUGGCGAGGGAUUUCAUAAGUGUCCAGGAGAAAAGCAAUCUAAGCCAUCAGGAAGAAAAUCCCAAGUUGUUCGGCACUUGGCACAGUCCUUUUUUCUCAGUGAAGAAACUUCAGCAGAUGACUGCACAAAAGACCCAGCGGAUAUUGUCUGGAGUUCCAGCGACAGCAAUUUGUCCAAUGAUGAGGGUGAAGAGACAGAUUCACUACUUGACAUUGCUGAACUAUCCCCUCAGAGUGCCAGGAGAAUGCAGGUUACCGAUAUGCCUGUUUCUUUAGAAGGUUGCAGUGGAGUUGCUGCUGAUGGUAUUACGAUUACUGAUUUUCAAGAUGACAGUGAACUGGAGUGUUCGGAUAAGUGUUAUGCGUCUGAAAAUGCUGAAAGUGUUGUGGAGAUCUCAGACUCUGAAUCUUCAACCAGCGAUCUUUUUACAUCUCAGCAGUGUGAGCCAAAACUUUCAAAAGCUUUGAGUAUUUUGGAAUAUGUUUCUGAUGAGCCUGAAGACGAAUGCAGUGUUCCAUCUGAAAGGCAGAACGUGCCAGUAUGCGAGGAAAACACCUCAGGAGGAAGAACUGUAAGUGAGUGGGUGAAAACUGCACAAGUUCUGCUCCAGACUCCAAGGAAGAAAAUGGACAAAGCAUUCAAGACACCUGAGGAUUCUGCUAAGAAGAAAAAGCGGUUUGUCAGGGGAGGCCUAGCUGAAAGGCUCAAUCGGCUGCAGAACAGAGAAAGAUCUGCUAUUACAUUUUGGAGGCAUCAAUCUGGAUCUGAUUGCAGAAUACCUAUGGGAGAUAAAUCGGACACACUUCUUUUAAAGUUGAUUGACAUCCAUGAGGAGUGUGCAGUAUGGAUUGCAGCUUGUCAGACUUUAACAGACCAACAGACCAUAGACAACCCUGUCAUAAAUCACCAUACAGAUGCGACAAAGCUGAAAGUUCUGUUUUCACGACAAACCAUAGAGCAACUUAAGCCAAAGCUGAAUGACAUCAUUCACAUCUACCCACCAUGGCAAAAAUUAUUUCUCUAUGAUGAAGAUAUGUCUAUCAUCAUUAACACAUACCACAGCCAAAAGAUUAUAGCAAACCAGAAUGAAGAUACAGAGGAUAAGACCUACUGCUCAACUUCACCAGUAAAGAAAAGAUUGGUGCCAUUAUCAGUAGUAUUUCAAUUAGAUAAUGGAAAUUCUAGCUGUCAUGUAGAAUGCCAAAGCAGGCAGCAAGUUUCAGUUGCCAGUGCACUUCAAAGUUUGCUUUGCAAUCCUGAGAACAGUCUUUGUGCAAGAUCCAGGACAAACAACUCUUUACUGGAUUUGGUGGAAACCCAAGGAGCUUCUGGGUGGAAAGGUGUAUGCAUCUGUGUUGUUCAGCGAGUUUAUUGCCUUACUUCAAGGGAUAGUCCAAGACAUCUUCAUCAAGAAUGUAUGAAAAAAAUUCUUGACGCUACAGCAAUGCCGCAAAAGCCAAAUUUCAGUCUAUGUCUUCUUAUCCAAGAUACUUAUGGGAUAUUUAGUGAACUUCAAGUACAGUUAACAGACACUGCUACAGAAGAUAUAGAAAAAUAUUGCCAAAUGUUGGAAGGGAAAUCGUGUUGCUUCUCUGGACUGAAGAUUUUACAAAGAACAACAAGGGGAAGGGCUCCGGGACUCUUCAGUUUGAUUGACAGUCUGUGGCCUCCAUUGGCUCCCAUAAAAAUCCAUGGACAAAGUCAGGAGCAAGGACAGAUAUCCUGUGCUCUGCCUUCUCCCAGCUUCUGUUAUGUCCUUGCUUUAAGAUAUGAGGAAGGUAGUGAAAGCAUUAAACCAGGAGAUAUUGUGUCAGAUCUAUACCUGCCUCCUGUCAUCCACAGUCUUGAUGAAAUUCUGCAGGUGGUUGUUCUCAGUCAGCGGUGCAGCUUUUGGGCAACAGUGAUAUAUGUGAGGCCUGAGAUACAAGGUGACCUGCCAAUGAAGAAGGAAUUUUGGAUAUAUGUGACAGAUGCUACUCUCCAGAUGACGCCAGAGACAUCGGGAAUCCCUAAAAUUCUCUCAGUGUGUGUCUUGCCUUCUUGUGCAGUGGACACUAGGGUACUAGAGGCCCUUGCCAACAAGUUAACUUACAAGAUGUUUUUUAAAGAUGCAGUAAAAGAGAACGGCAAGAUAAUUUGUGUAGAACGCACAGUGCUUUCAUUACAAAAGCCCCUUUUAUCCCAGGUUUCUGUCAUUAACGAGCUGACUGGCCCUGUUAUACUGGACAAACUGGAUUCUGCAACAGAGGCAAACUCCUUGCGCAUUGUGACAGGAAUUAUUAAUGGAGUUGAUGAGAGAGAAUCUUUUUCUUGGCCUGUGUGUAACUUAUGUGGAAGCAGUAAGCUACAGCCUUGGGACUCAGACAGGCACAAGUAUUUAUGUCGGCAGUGUGCUGCAAACAUAAGUUCUCCAGUUAUUAGGAUGCAGCUUGAAGUAUAUCUGCACUGUGAAUUAACUCCAGAUCAUAUAGUAAGAUUAAAGCUGCAGCAGAAUACCAUUUCUUCUAUUCUAAGUUCUUGCUCCAGUGAAGAUGGGCGCUAUGAGGUGAGUGCCAUCCUGGGGAGGCAGGUGGGGCCUGUGUCCUGCUAUGUCCAGCAUGUGAGCAGCAGCGUGGCCCUGGAAGAGAUCUGCCUUCUUCAAGCUGGAAUGCCAGAGCGUCAAGGGGGUCUGGACUUUGCUGUAUAGCCACUAACAUGUGGAACACAACAUUUUACACUGCAAUUGUGUUUUAAUGAAUUCAUUAACUAGACAUGAACAAGUGCCAACUGUUGAAGAACUACAAGUGUCAGUAGAUGGUCACAUGUUACCAGUGCCUUCAGCAGAGCAUUCCCUUCUCUAUGUAAAUAACAGGGACAUGUUUCAAUAAAAACCAUGUUUGUAAA